AUCUGUUUUCUCCCUCUUCCUUUGUUGUUGCAGGCUUGCAGACACCACCAGCAGUUCUGUUUUUUCUUCCAAAAAGGCUUUUUUUUUUUUUUUUUUUAAGAAAAAGGUUCCUUUUCUUCUUCCUCUUAUCUUCCAAUCUCGGAUUUUUAUCUUCAAGUUUCCUAUCUAUCUUCUUCUCUGUGUUUUCUCGCCGUUAAGCUCGUCGAGAGAAUCAUGGCGACAAAAUCCGAGAAAUUUUCGGCGGAUUUUGUGAUGGGUGGAGUUGCGGCGAUUGUAGCCAAAACUGCAGCCGCACCCAUUGAGAGAGUCAAGCUUUUGUUGCAGAAUCAGGGAGAAAUGAUUAAGAGAGGGCAUCUUAAGAACCCAUAUCUCGGCAUUCAUCACUGUUUCAGAACAGUUUUAAGAGAAGAAGGCCUUUUCUCGCUAUGGAGGGGAAAUCAAGCUAAUGUUAUUCGAUAUUUCCCUACUCAGGCUUUCAACUUUGCGUUCAAAGGUUACUUCAAAACGAAAUUUGGGCGGUCGAAAGAGAAGGAUGGGUACAUCAAGUGGUUUGCUGGAAAUGUUGCUUCAGGAAGUGCUGCAGGAGCAACUACAUCUUUGUUUCUGUAUCAUUUGGAUUAUGCACGCACUCGGCUUGGCACUGAUGCAAAGGACGGUGGCAGUAACAGUCAGCGCCAGUUUAAAGGGAUAUUGGAUGUCUACAGAAAAACAUUGUCAAGUGAUGGAAUUGUUGGUCUAUACCGAGGAUUUAGCGUUUCGAUUGUGGGAAUUACUCUGUACAGGGGCAUGUAUUUUGGGAUUUACGACACUUUGAAGCCUCUUGUUCUGGUUGGACAGUUUGAGGGGAACUUUUUUGCUAGUUUCUUAUUGGGGUGGAGUAUUACAACCUUUUCUGGGGUAUGUGCUUAUCCUUUCGACACACUACGACGAAGAAUGAUGCUUACAUCUGGACAAACCCUGAAGUACCGUAGCGGUUUGCAUGCAUUUUCUGAGAUCAUUCGCCAUGAGGGCAUUGCUGCUCUUUUUCGAGGAGUCACGGCCAAUAUGCUUGUUGGUGUUGCAGGGGCUGGCGUUCUUGCAGGCUACGAUCAAUUGCACCAAAUUGCAUGUAGACAUGGUUAUUCCUUUGGAGGACAGCAUCGAAUAGCCUCAAAAUGACUGAAAGUGGGACCUACACUUUUUCCUGGUUCAACUUCUAAAUUGAACCUGACGCAUAUCUGGGGGAUUAAAAGGAAGAUGUAAGGCAUUGUCUGUGUAUAAUCGAUAAAUACAUCUACAUUUGUUGGUUGUUUUAUGUAAUUUAUGACUUCAAGUUGAAAAUUCAAAUGGAAGGAUUUAUCUGGGAGUCCAA